GGGGGCGGCGCCCUCCGGGUCUACCUGGCUGUACCUGGGCUGCUGACGUCACACAGGUGCAGGAAGGCGGAAGAGGAGGCAGAGCUCAGCCCGUACAGCGCCGGGACACCAACUAACUUCCUGCCAGGCACCCGGUCCUCCGCACUGACAGUCCGCUCACCCCGGCACCAUGUCCGCCUCCGCCGUGUUCUUCUUGGAUCUGAAGGGGAAGCCCCUCAUCUCCCGGAAUUACAAAGGUGACCUUAAUAUGACGGAGAUCGAUCACUUCAUGCCAUUGGUGGUCCAGAGAGAAGAAGAAGGGAACCUGACGCCGCUUCUCAUUCACGGCAAAGUCCACUUCCUGUGGAUCAAACACAGCAACCUGUAUUUGGUCGCUUUAACAAAUAAGAAUGCGAAUGCCUCCCUUGUGUACUCCUUCCUUUACAAGGUGGUAGAGGUUUUCACAGAGUACUUCAAGGAGCUGGAAGAGGAGAGCAUUCGGGACAACUUUGUCAUUGUUUACGAACUGCUAGAUGAGCUCAUGGACUUUGGCUUCCCACAGACCACCGACAGCAAGAUUCUACAGGAGUACAUCACACAGCAAGGGAACAAGCUGGAGACAGCCAAGUCUCGUGUGCCCACCACCGUCACAAAUGCCGUGUCUUGGAGGUCUGAGGGUCUCAAGUACAAGAAGAAUGAGGUCUUCAUAGAUGUCAUUGAGUCUGUCAACCUGCUUGUGAACACUAAUGGCAGCGUACUUCUCAGUGAGAUAGUGGGCAGUGUCAAGCUGAAAGUCUUCCUCUCGGGAAUGCCGGAGUUGAGGCUCGGCCUGAAUGAUCGGGUACUCUUUGAAUUAUCAGGACUCAUAGGCAAUAAAAACAAGACUGUGGAACUAGAAGAUGUGAAGUUCCAUCAGUGCGUUCGCCUGUCGCGCUUUGAGAACGAUCGUACCAUCUCCUUUAUUCCUCCAGACGGGGACUUCGAGUUGAUGGCUUAUCGGCUGAACACACAGGUGAAACCAUUGAUUUGGAUUGAAUCCGUGAUUGAGAAGUUUACUCACAGUAGACUGGAGAUCAUGGUUAAGGCAAAAGGCCAAUUUAAGAAACAGUCCGUAGCGAAUAAUGUGGAGAUCUCCAUUCCGGUUCCCAGCGAUGCCGAUUCCCCAAAAUUUAAAACCAGCGUUGGGAGUGCAAAAUACGUCCCGGAAAAAAAUGUGGUCAUCUGGACAAUCAAAUCAUUUCCGGGUGGUAAAGAGUAUCUGAUGCGGGCACACUUUGGGCUGCCCAGUGUGGAGACAGAAGAACUGGAAGGAAGACCUCCAAUCAGCGUCAAGUUUGAAAUUCCCUAUUUUACAGUUUCUGGAAUUCAGGUCCGGUAUAUGAAAAUUAUUGAGAAGAGCGGGUAUCAGGCACUUCCGUGGGUCAGAUAUAUCACACAAAGUGGAGACUACCAGCUCCGUACAAACUGAUACAAUGAAGAAUCGCCUUCAGGAAGCACGGGAAGAGCUGUUAACAUCAAAUAUCAUUUCUACCUAAACUAAAACGAUCUAUUUGUGAUAAAUAAUGACAAUAAUGUUAUGACGGCAUUGUUCAGGAAAGUACUUUUAUAAAUAUUUUAUCUCUACUGCUGACCUUUUUGACUGAAACACUUCAUAAC